GGGAGGGGGAGUGCGUGUGCGUGUGCUGUUGUUUCUGCUGCGCGCCAGAUGCUGCUGGACCGGGGCUGAUCAUGUUGCCAGGCAGAGUGCUAUUUUAAGCAACUUGUGCAGGAUGAUGGAAAACUUCAGAAAUAUUGCCGAUGAGACAUUUCCAAGCUUCUUGGGCCAUUCACUGAAUAGCAGUGCAAGUGUCAUUCUUGAAAAUGUUACUGUUUCCUCAAACCUUGGCUUACCUGUUGCAGCUUCAACUGUUGCCAGGAGUAAAACAGGCUGUGACAACAGGCUUUCUGAUAUCUCUGCAUCCUAUUUAGAAGGGAAACCAUCACCUCCAUUAGGAUCUCCUCACAGUAGUCAGUCAGAUCCUGAGCCAGUGGGGAGAUUUGCCCUCAGCUUUUGUGAUGACAUGGAAGUUGCUACACAAGUUAAAGAACCUCAGCCAAAUUCUGUUAAUUUGAAAAAAUCCGACUCGAUACCCAGAGGGCAAGAUCAGAAUGUCAUUGAGCAUUUAAGUCACAGUCAAGGUAGCUCACUUGAGGUGUUGCCACUUGAACGAUCAAAAGGUCUGUCAACUGGAAUAUGCUUCCUUCCAGACAAUAACAAGGUUGAUCCGUCUGAACCAUCUGAAAAACUGGUAGAGGGUGGAAUCUCAAGUGAUCACCUUAGCAAUAGCCUUUCAAGUUUUUUGGAAAAUGAGAAACUCACCUCUUUUGGAAGCUCAGAAGAAGAUUCCACUGAUGAUGAUAUUGAUGAUGAAGAGUUCUUUGAUAACCAACUAGAAGCCUACUUUGAGCAGCUGAUGCAACCAGAAGUGGCAAGAGGAGGCACUGACAUACAGAAACUCUCAGAAUGCUGUACAGCGCUGAAGCUUUCUGAAAAUGGCUUACUUCAAGAGAACUUUCAGGUUCCUCACACUUACCAGCCUGUGACAGGAGUAGACUCUGGAAAUGCUAGUGAUGAAGAUGCACAAAAUCAAGGGAUAACUGGAUGUCCUGUGCAAAGAGAAAUGCUGCCCAGAGCAGUACGGCAACCGAAUUCCAUGGCUCCUGGACAUGUGCUGGAACCCUGUGCUGCUGCUGAGUUGCAAUUAGAUUCACUUUAUCUUCAGUGCAAGGACAGUCAUAAAGCUGAUGUCUCAGAUGUUCUUCCAAAGCAAGAAAUACAGUCCUCUCAGUGUCAGACUGCUGCUUCUGAUGCCGAAGUACUACACGCAUCAGGAGGAUUUUUGGGGCACCACACCACUCCUGAAGUUCUUAAUGCAAAAGCAGCUCAGACAGAUGCCACUGAAUGUGAAGUCAGUCUUCUUGAUACUUACCUGUCUCCAACUGCAGACAGCUGUGAGAACAUAAGUUUAGCUACAGCAGACAAAGAUGAUGUACCACACAGCAUUGUCUAUCAAAAUGAAGAAGGCAGAUGGGUGACUGAUCUUGCAUAUUACACUUCAUUUGAUGAAGAACAAGAUUUAAAUCUGUCUGAAGAUGAUAAAGUAAAUGAGGAGUUCAUUACUGGAUCUGAAGCAGCUGCUAUGAUUGCACAAGACCAAGAAGAAUUUGAGAAAGCACACAAACUUGUGCAGGGAGGAAAAGUAGACAUUCUAAAUGCAUCUGAAUUAGCAGAUACUUCGUGGAAAUCGGCCAAUAGCUGUAUUCUGCUGAGAAACUCUGAUCCUGAUAAAGAUGCCAGUUAUUUACGGUUGUCUUUGGGGGAGUUCUUUGGUCAGAGAUCUGAAGCUCUUGGUUGUCUUGGUGGAGGCAGUGAUGUAAAACGGCCAUCUUUUGGUUACUACAUUACAUCUCCGAAGAAAAGGCAGCCUGUUGCGUUGCUAAGGCAGUCUGAUUCAUCAGGAGAUGACUUCGGCCAAGAGAUUUCACAAUUGUCUGAGGUGUUUCAAGGUGACUUAGAAGCACAAACAAAAGAACAUGAGAAUUCUACCAGCUGUGAGGGUGCAUGGGAUAGAAUGGAUACUGCAGCUGAAAUACGUACAAGCAUCACUACAGAAGCUGCUACCAAAACCAGAACAAAGGAUGGAAUUCAGAAAGACAAGUUUGAAGACAGCCAAUCUAAUCAUUCUGACUCCUUUCUAAGUAUUAGCACGAUUGCAUCUGCUAUUGCAAAUGCUUCCUCCAGUGCUGAUCCUUCCCAGUUAGCUGCUAUGAUGAUGGCACUCUCCAAUAAAAAUAAAAGAGCAUGUUUUGUUACUGGAAUUGUUAAAGAGAAAGUACUUCCUGCUAAUCAGACAUUAUCCAGCCAUGUGGAUGAUAGUGCAUUUGAUAUGGAAAAAUACCUCAAAAAAACAGAUGAGAUUGGACAUGAAAGUGAGUGCGAGAGUGUUCUAAAACAUGACGCAUCUGAUACGUUCUUAUUGGGUAAAGAUAAAAAUAAUGAUAUUCUUUCAGAAGACUUCAUAAAUAAUCAUAGCAAGCAGCAAGAAAUAGAGAAGCGGUUUCUGGAUUAUUUUAAUGAAGGAAAUGAUACUCGGAAUUUCUCUAGUCUGUCUGGUGUUCCCAACCAUGAGGAUGUGACUGCAAACAGGGCUAAGUGUUCAGACAAAUCAUCAGAUUUAGCAAACAGUAAACACUUACAGUCGCUGAAUACUGGUCUUGGAUCAGAUAGGCUCAAUACCCAAACCUUACCUACUGGAAAUGAAGUACAGGUAUGUGGAAUUCCUUCAGCAGCAGAGAUGGAGGUGGCACAGAGAAGUCCAUUUCCUUACCAGACCGACAAUCUCAGUAGCAGGUGUUGUAUCAGGGAAGACACAGAAACAGUAGAUCAAGGAACAAAUGCUGCUCCUGAGUCAUGUAAUGAUUUGGAGGAGAGAAGUGCAGGAAACACUUCGUCACUCAGCAACUUAAAACAUGCCAAGUCAUCUAGAAAAUGUGUCUCAGUAAGUCCUACAAAAGCAAUGCCUACACAGAGACUGAACAGCGAUGAAAAGAAGCAAGAUGCAAAAAUAGAGAAGAGAAACAAAGAUGCCAGUAUUGCUUGCAAUGGGAAUGCUAAACAUGUAACUUUUGAGGUCUCCCCAACUUCUCAGAAUACUACUGAACAUAAACCUGUUGUAAGUGAAUGUGACCUGCGGUCUCUGGAGGAUGAGCAGUGUACCUUCAGACCUUCUACUUCACCACUCAUUCACUCUUCUCCUAGUGAGACGUCGGGAACAGCAUUUUCAGGGUCUGAAACUGACUUUAUUAGCCAGCCAUGUUAUCAGGAAUCUUCUUGCAAAGAAAGUGCACUACUACCUCAGUCGUUUUACUCGAGUCCUAGCAUGAGCAGAUUAACCUAUGUCUCUGCAUCUGACAGCACCCUUAAGAACACAGCUGUAAUACAUAAUCCGGAGACAUAUUGGGGUGAAAAUGCUGGUGAACUGAGCACAACAAUAAUUCGAGCAAGCCCAACUCUUUCACAGGAACAGACAAAUGAAAAUCUAGAAGAGCAUGUGUAUCAAAGAAAUAGGAAAGAAGCACUGCUUAGCACUGUCCAGAAAUCAGAAGAAAAUGAAAUUGCAGGUCUUCAGAGAAAACUUGAUGAUGUACUGGGUCAAGAAGUGUCCCAAGAGGGUUUUCCCAGGAAUGGAAAGCAGCUUGCAUCUAUUCCUUCAAAUGUAGCAGCAAAUCAUAAAGAGCUAGACCAUGUUAAGUCAGCUUUACCAAGUAAACUCUGCGUCUUUCAGCCACUUGCACAAGAAGUGUGGCCCCAUCAAACAGGCAGAGCACAGAGACAAGGAUUACCGUCCUUGAAUACGUUACCCAUAUAUCCUGGAUUAAGCACUUACAUGCCACUCAGUCAAAACUCAUCUGGUGAGCAACAUGUUCCAAUUUCAAGCUUUAAACCCCAUGUCACUACUUCUGGGAGUCAGUCUUCUGUUCCCACAUUGCUUACAGGACAUUCUCUUGCAGCAACUCCAUUUGCACAACACCACCUGGGAAAUAUACCAUCUACUGGAAAUACAGUUUUGUCUCAGUUUCAUGGUUGCAGCUCUGGAGGUUUUGGCCUUCCAGCUGGGCUUCCUUGUUCUGGUAUCACAGCAGGACAUGUUGAGAAUCCAGUUAUAGUAGGAAUUCCUUUAGGUCCAAAUAUUGGUCCUGGCUCUCUUGGCACAGCUUCACUUUGUAAUCCACACCCUACUUCCUGGAACAAGGAUAUCUUAAAUCUAAACUCGUGUCCUGGACAACCUCUUGGAACUGGUAGCAGUGAAUGGGAGUUGACAAAGUCACCUGGACAUGUGAAAGUACCGGAAGAAUUGAAGUUCCCUAAUGCCUGUUGUGUGGGAAUUGCAUCGCAGACGGUUCUUAGCAUUUAUAAUCCAACUGAACGGUGGUUGCAGGUCAGCAUUGGAAUACUCAGUGUUUCAGUUAAUGGGGAAAAGAUGGACCCUGUGAAAUAUCAAUGUCUGGUUUUCAAGAAUAAAACCAUCGUAGGACCCUAUUCUACCAACGAUGUGAAAAUACUUUUCUUACCUUGUCAUUCGGGGAUCUUUCAGUGUAUUCUCAAUGUUUCAUCUUGGCCAGUUUCUGCAGAUGCAGAGACAAUUGUUCAGGCAGAAGCUUUGGCAAGUAGGGUAGUUCUGACAGCAGUUGCCGAAAAUCCUCAUUUAGAAGUGGAAACAGGAAAAAAAGAUUAUCUGGAUUUUGGUGACUUGAAUUCUGGCAGUUGGAAGGCUCUUCCACUAAAACUUAUCAACAAAACCCAUGCUUUUGUGCCAAUUAGGCUCAUUAUUAAUGCCAAUGCAGUAGCUUGGCGUUGCUUCACAUUUUCCAAGGAACCAAUUAAACCUUUGAAUGAAAAAUCACUCCAAAUGGAUACUGUUUCUCAGAUAGCAGCUCCAUCAGUUGUAAAUCAUGUGAUACAUGCAAGCUACGAUGGACAAGAUCCUGAAGCUUUAACAGUUUGGGUUCUGUUCCAUGCACCUAAGAAACUAAUUUCUUGUUCAGAUUCCUUGGGUCCAGCGGAUGAGUUCUUGGCAAGAGUUGAUGUGGAAGUGGAUAGUCCAGGACCUAGCAGUGUGAUUAAAAGUAUUCCUCUUCGAGCAAGAGCUGGAAUAGCAAGGAUACAUGCUCCAAAGGACUUACAGAUAAUACGCCUGUCUACUAGUGUGGGUUCAACAGCCAAACAGCAGCUGCCAUUGAAGAAUGCUGGAAACAUUGAUGUAUAUUUGAAAAUUAAGACAUCAGAUCAGGACAGCUGCUUUGCUGUUGAGCCUCGAGAUCUUUUCCUUCUUCCUGGAGAAGAACGAGAAGUGACUGUCUGCUUUGUUCCAAAAAAUGUAACGACUACAGAAAGUUCUUUGAAAAUCCUUGUGCUGCCAUCUGGACCUCAGUAUGAAGUGGAGCUAAAAGGUGAGGUGGUGUCUGUGGAAAAUAGACCUGUGUCAACAGCUGCUGGCUACCCAGACAUCCCACCCAUUCUAUCCAACAAGCAGUUCAUUGCCUGGGGAGGAGUAACAGUGGGAGCAUCAGUGCAGCAGAAGUUAACUCUAAGAAAUGACUCUCCAUCUGUGACUCAGCAUUUAAGACUGUUGAUAAGAGGCCAGGAUCAAGACUGCUUUCAGCUGCAAAGUAUAUUUGGAUCAGAAAAACGCUUAACUAGUAAUUGGGAACUCAAAAUCCGUCCCAAAGAAGAUACUAACAUAUACUUGAUAUUUGCACCUACUCAAAUAACUUGCUUCUUUGCAAAGCUGGAAAUCAAACAGCUGGGAAUUCGAUCACAGCCAGGAAUUAAGUUUACUAUACCAUUAUCUGGAUAUGGAGGAACAAGCAAUAUAACUUUGGAAAAUGUUAAAAAACUAUCAGGUAGUUACAUGGUAACACUGGAUGGAUUAUUGCCUGCAGGAUUAAGGAAAGCUUCCUUCUGCAUAAGAAAUACAGGUUCUCGGGCUGCCUAUGUUAAAGCAUUGUGCUUUGCAAGCCUACAGACAAAAACAGUUAUGGAUCCUCAGGUAGUGACUGUAUCUCCAGAGAAGUUUGUGCUAAGAGAAGGAACACACGAAGUGAUUACUAUAACAUGGAAUCCAAUGGAAGAGGAAAAUAACUUCCAUAAAACAAAUUCAUUGGUAUCAACAGUAUGUUUUUUUUGUGGAGAUGAGGUUUCUAGGCAGCAGUAUCGUAGAGCUAUAAUGUAUAAACCUGAGGUGGAAAAACACAUAAUCCCAGAAAAGAGCUUAUUGAGAAACAUUGUAUUUGAUGAAGAGUUUCAAGGGGAGCAGCUUGUGACAGAAGUAUGCGAUAUCCCACGGGGGACAAAUGAUAUCCAUCUUUUCUAUGCAAAUAUGCAAAAGGUUAUCCUCUCUGUGGUUGCAUGUGCCACUUUUGAUCAGGAUGAAUUUCAUCAGUCUUCUGGGCGUCAUUUGGAGUCAGACAGAUUUGAGAACUCUGACAGACAUAUCAAUACAACUUUGGAUGUUCUUCCUGUUAAAGGACCUCAGGGUCCUCCAUUGCCUAUAACAACUGAUGAUCUGGUUCAGAGUAAAUCAAACACUCAACAGACUUGGAUUGUCAAACCAGAAUACUUAACUUUGACGUCUCCUUCUAUUGGUGGAACAGCAGAUACUGGACAUGUUCAAAUUGUCAACAAUUCUAAUAGGAUGUUGGCAUUUGAGCUUUCGUGGCCAGCUCACUGCCUUACUAUAACCCCACAACAUGGAGUGGUCGAGCCAGAGAGCAGUACACUAAUUCUGGUGAGCCCUAACCCAUCACUUGCCACAAAACCUGCAUUAAUUCCUUGGAGUGGCCUAAUCUAUAUCCAUUGUGAUAAUGGACAAAAGUUUAUUAAAGUGCAGAUUCGAGAGGCAGUUAGACAGUAUGCGCCUGGAGCAGAUUUUUCAUCUCGAAGAUGCGAUACGUUUACUCCACAGUCUGAAAAUCCUACUGUUCAUGUGCCAAAGGCUCUCACUGUGCUCCCUUUAACAAAAAUGGAACUAAAGAACAGAACCAUUGUUUUUCCUAAAACAAGACCUGGCCAAAGCUCAGAGAGUUACCUGGAAAUGGAGAAUAAAGGGGACGAAACUCUGAAGUGGUUUUUGUCAUCUUUUGCCCCACCCUAUGUUAAAGAUGUGGAUGGAACUGGAUGCGUUUAUAGAGUUACUUACUCCGCUUUCAGAUGUUCCCGUGUUUCUGGUACUCUUGAAGCUCAUGGAGAAGAGAAGGUUGUUGUCAUCUUUUUGCCUAGAGAUAUAGGGGAUUACUCCCAGUUCUGGGAUCUUGAGUGUCACCCGGUUGAAAAACCUGGUUGGAAACACAAAUUAAGAUUUCAGCUUUCUGGAGCAGGUAGUAGAACAGAAAAUGAAACUUUAAUUGUGAAAGAUUCUGCAAGUGCCUUCCCAAAAACUGAGCUUUCAGUCACACCAGAAAAGGUUUACUCUGAAGCACCUACAAUUAAAGUAGGACAAAACGAGAUCAUUCGAGGGGUGUAUGCACCAGAAGACCUGUAUAUUUUCCCUGUAACUACAGUUGGGGAAUCACGCACGAUAAAGGUCAACUUGCGGAAUAAUACCUUUGCAACACAUGUGCUGAAAUUUGGAAGUCCCAGAGAGCCUUUCUACAUCAAGCACUCAAAAUACUCUCUAAGAUCCCAUCAUUACAUCAAUGUGCCAGUCCAGUUCAAGCCAAAGGCAGAAGGAAAGUUUGAAGGUGUCUUCGUUGUGUCAACGGCCAAAUAUGGCUCACUUAAUAUUCGGCUAUGUGGUAAAGCUAUUGCAAAAAAAUAGAACAGUUUUCUAACUUUAUAAUAAUUUAGACCAGUUUAUGCCAUUUAAAAUAUUCAAAGAUUUGCUACUACAGUUCCAUAUUAAUGUCCUACUUGUUUUGCCCUAUGAUGCUGCUUUGAUGGAACAUCUUUUGUAAGAUAAAUUACGGUGCUUGUUUUCAUAGUAAAACCACUGAGAAAUAACAUUGUAUGUUUUAAAGUUAUCAUGUUCUAAUUUAUGUUUCCGCACAUUUGUUGAAAAGGGAAGUUUUCUAUUUUUGCAUUUAUUAGGAGUAGCUGGAUACUGAUCUAUUUUAUUUUAAGCAUUGUAAAUACAGAAAUAAAAUUUAUCUGUUAACAGUU